AUGGAAACAGCGAAGGUGUUUCUAGUGGGGCUGCUGAUGGCGGGACUGGUGCCCCACAGGAGGGCAGAUAUGGUUAUCAUGAAGGACGUCACUCUUGGCUUCGGAGCUGCAUUAAACCACUGCAGAGAAGAGAGCGGAUUGACAGAAGAGAAGAUGGAAGAAUUUUUCCACUUCUGGAAUGAGGACUUCAAGUUCGUACACCGGGAGCUAGGGUGCGCGAUCCAAUGCAUGAGUCGAUACUUCAACCUGCUCACCGAAUCCAACCGCAUGCAUCACGAAAACACAGAGAAAUUCAUCAAUUCAUUCCCUAAUGGUGAGAAGCUAGCGAAGCAACUGGUGCAAGAGAUCCAUAAAUGCGAAAAGCUAUUCGAACAUGAGGAAGACCACUGCUGGCGCAUAUUACACGUCGCCGAGUGCUUCAAGAACAACUGCGUAAAGAAUGGUAUAGCACCAGCUAUGGAAAUGCUCAUCGCUGAAUUUAUCAUGGAAGCCGAGGCGUAA